AUGGUGCUGAGUAGAGCGAGCAGCAGGCGCACUACGAGAUCAAGUGUGGGAGUGUGUGUUUGUUUGUGUGUCUGAGAGGGAGAGGAGACCCGCUGGAUCACCACUGUAUUGUUAAGUGUAGUAACACAGGAGAAGAGUGAGAGGAGUUGCAGGAAAAGUCUGAAAAAGAGGAGGAGUGAAUGUUGGAGGAGGAAGAGAGAGAGAAAAGCCCCUCUUCUCCUUCCCCCUCAGAGAGCAGGAGGUAAACCGCCGGUAAGCAAAUAUUAAUGACCUGACAAAAGAGCACACAUCCCCGUGUUGUUGUACCCUGGAGCCGCGCAACAGAGGAGCUCGGAUACAUAUACACACAACCACGCAAAGACGAGCCCACUCUCAUGAUCAUCACUCCUGCCACGAGGGCCACAGUGACACAGCCAGAGGAGUGGAGCUGAGAAGAGGACAUUUGCCCUGUCGUGGGACUCUUUCAAAGUCUUUGCCGGCAUCUUUCUUUCUUUUUCUUUUCUUUUUUUUUUUUUUUUUAAAACCCUCAAUCCAGUGUCCUCCAUUUGCGCUGACCUCUCCGAGCAUCUCCCCCAAGGAGCAAAGAUGAGCUGCAGAAAAAGGUGCAAGCGUGAAAUCUUCAGGUUCGCACAGUACCUGUUCAGACUUAUCACAGGCUCGCUCAACACCGACAGCGUUGAAGAUGAGCUUGAACUAUCUGCAGUCCGCCAUCGCCCUGAGGGCCUGGAACAGCUCGAAGCCCAGACACGUUUCUCCCGCAAGGAGCUACAGAUCCUGUACCGCGGCUUCAAGAAUGAAUGCCCCAGUGGAGUCGUCAACGAGGAAACUUUUAAAGACAUCUACUCGCAGUUCUUUCCUCAAGGAGAUGCUUCAACAUAUGCACACUUCCUGUUCAAUGCAUUUGAUACAGAUCACAAUGGCUCUGUGAGUUUUGAGGAUUUUGUCAUGGGCCUCUCAAUCCUGCUGCGAGGCACAGUCCAGGAAAAACUCAACUGGGCUUUCAACCUUUAUGACAUCAAUAAAGAUGGAUAUAUCACUAAAGAGGAAAUGCUGGACAUAAUGAAGGCCAUCUACGACAUGAUGGGAAAAUGCACAUACCCCGUCCUCAAAGAGGAGACGCCUCGCCAGCAUGUAGAAGUUUUCUUUCAGAAGAUGGAUAAGAAUAAAGACGGAGUGGUAACCAUAGAUGAGUUCAUCGAUUGUUGCCAAAAUGAUGAAAACAUCAUGAGAUCAAUGCACCUCUUUGAAAAUGUUCUUUAACUUUUGGCUGGCUGUGGAGGCUUUGGAAGUGAGCAUCAUCUUUAGCUUGGCCCAAUUACUGACUUGGACUCAUACUGUGUACAGUGUGCUAUGCAGACUCUCGACCGUAGAUAAAAUAUUGUUCAUUAUUGUGGGCCACAAUUAGGAGUAGGCGAUAUGGUGCGAACACUCUGGAAUUAUCUGCCUUUUAAACAAUUUAUUCAAUGCAGUUAGUUGGAUGAAUUUACAACACAGAGGAGAGAAAAAUGAACUGAAAGGAACACAUUCACUUCAAUGUUGAUUUUCACCAUCUGUCUCUGGAGUGUCUUUCUGUUUGUUGAGCUGAGAGUUCUCUAAACUGCCUCAACUUUGUCCACUCUGAUGGAAAAAUAGACUUCUAAUGAAAGGGUUUGGAGAGGUUUCUUGUAUCUCUUGUUUUAUUCACUGCCAAGUGAAAUCACUGUGACUUUUUAAAGCAUCAAAAAGGAAAAAAAUCUGAACAAAACGCCUGAGAUAACUUCUGUUUUUUUACAUUCCAAACUGGCUCUGAAUUCCAGAGUGUUCAGACCUGACGUAGUUUAAUCAUUGUGGUCUGUCUUUUUGCUCUUUGAAGGAAGCAUUUAGAGGAAGGAAAAAAAAAACAUAUGAAAACAUUUGAAAUUGUAAAUACUAUAGAUAAAGCAUUAGAUAAGAAACUCUAUGAGAAACUUUUCAACUUUGUUCAUGUUUACUUGCCAACUAGAACGAGACAACACAAGGAUUGUAUUGAUGUCAAAACCGGACCAUAAUAUCAAUGGUUUGUCUACAGAAGCACACAGGUAGCUAUAUUUACCAUGAGUAUAAUGUUAGUAUCUUUGUCAUAAGAUAAAUGCUGCUUUCAGUGUAUUUCAUUUAACCUUAUGUAUGUAUAUUUCCUGUAAAGUAAAACCAUCUAUCAGUUUAGUUUUUUCCUUUUAGAGCACUGUUUAGGAGUUUACACAAAGAGCAGUGUUUGAGGUUAUUUAUAUGGUAUUAUGGUCAUUGUACAAAAGAUUGUCAGUUGUACAGUAUUAAAUGAAAAAAAUUCACUCUCGGGGGAAUUUCAGGUCUUUAGAUUUGUUCAUAUAAUUCACUGUUUUUAUGAAGAAAGGGCAGUGGGGUAACUUUUUAUUAUACUCAUUAUUUUUGGGUUGCCAGCUUCCCGCUCCCUCCUGCUCGUCCCGUGGUCCGGCUGUCUACAGCUAUUCAGCUUGAUUUGUUCCUGCUGCCUCUGAUUAAAGCAUUGAUUGGCCCCAAUUGUUUGCAAACACAAGGCAUGCUGGGUAGAAGUCUCACUUACUGGCUUCCUCUUGCUCGCUGGAAGCUGCUAGGCUACUGAGAGAAAGUGUCUGGACAUUAUGUAAGUAAGUUACUGAGUGUUUUCUUCUUUUUCACAGUGACUUGGAUAUUAGAUGGAGGGAUUAUCCAUCAAACUAGCCAGAAAUAAGACUUGAGAAAUUGGUUUUUGGUGAAGAUUCUGCGGCAUUUAUCAUUCAAAGCAGUAUGUCUCUGCACUGUAUCACUUUGAGCUGCAGUCACAAACGUCCAGAUCUCCUCCAGUGAGGCAUGUUGAUCCAUUAAUUCAGUAAAGAAAAUGACACAUUUUUCUCUGCUGUUCUUUUUUUUUUUUAAACUCAUAUUACUGAAGGUAAUGUGUUUCCAUCAAGAAAAGCAUCAAACCUGCCAUCUCUUUCCUUGAUUUGUGUGCUUUACCGUUUGUAAAACUCUACUAUUCAUGUUUGGUUGAUGAGAUGGAUCAGAACAUUGGUUAUGAAAAGCAGCUGAUAGGGAAAACAAAUUCUAUCAUUCAGUCUAACUACAGUGGAUGAAGAAACAUACUUAGUGAAACUAAUGAAGCCUUUCUAAUGCUUUCUGUAAAUAUUAUCCAAAGCUUCAAAGGCAGUGAUGCGGCUCCAACAAAUUAGAUAUAUUUUCAGAAUGUCUUUUUGUCAUGAUAAGUUUGCAUUCCUCACUGCAGGCAUAAAAUAAAAUAUAAAAGCAAAAUGAUAUCCAUCAAAUGCUAAUCAUCCUGCUUAUCAAAAAGUAUUUUGUUCCCAAAUGAUCUUACUAAAAUACAGGCAUCUUAUGCCCCCAUAUGGUGGAAAGAAGGUACUACACAGCAGGAUAAAAAUCUCAUCUGUGCUGCAUUAAUUUACAUGAAAUGACAAGAAAAUUAACAUUUGCAGCAUACAUAGUAGGUUUUGUGUUCAUUUUGGACUUUGAAUAUUGCUUCAAAUAAAUGCAAUGUUGCUGUAAAUCAGAAAAAAUAGAGUCUUGCUGUGCAAAAGGAUUGUGUAGCAUAUUACUGUAGUUUUGGUUUACAAAGAACUCUGUCAAUGAAAUGAAGGAUUUUAAGUUUCCACUUUAAUAUAGCUCAGAAGAUGAUGAAUUGUAAACAAAAUGUUGUUAACAAACUUGAGCAACAACUGUUAAAGUCAAGAGUUUAAUUCGACAAAAGGUUGUUUUGGUUUAGGAAUGAAAUACACAUGGAACACCGAACCAAGUCCGCUACCGACAUAUCUACCUUUCCAGUUUGAUUCAAAUCACUGCUCUCAACUCAGAAUAGGAAACAUAGUGAAAUUACCUGAGAUAAGUUUGCGUACAAACCAGAUAGACUGAAAUCUUAAGACCUCUACAACAUGUAUAUUUUAGUAUAUUUUCAACAACUAUUUUAUCAACGUAAGGCAGGUGGUAGUAUUUUUGGAAACACAAGUUGCACAUUUCUUGUACAAAAAAACCUUUGUAGGCCGUACAUACACAAGACAAUAUUUAUCAAAUGGAUAACACGAAUUACACAGAAGCAUUUCCUUCUCUAAAAACAAGCAACGUAAUACAGUAUGACGCUAUAACUGUACUGAAAUUCGAGACUGAAAUGUUAAAUAUUGUAAGCAAGACUUAAUGAAUUUGGGUGCAACAGCAAAGUAACCCUCUAUAACUGUAGAGAUCAUCUGAUAAAAAGAGGAUCCAGUUUUAACUGAUAAUUUUAAAAGUCUCUCUUGACAGAAGUAAACUGCCUUUUUUGUUUACUGUGAAAAUCCUUUCCUGUAAAAAUAUGGCACACUCAAACAUUAACAAAUCAAAAAAAAGAACUUUUCUUUUUUUGGAUUGUUGUGAAUUUGAGGAAAAACCAUCACAUUUGGUCCUUAAACCUUUUCCUGUUCGAACUGCCUACAAUCAUUCGCAUUGCAUAUUUUCCCUUUUUUAGCACCAACUUUGACUCUUGUACUGUUGGGAGGGGAAAAAGCCAUUUUCAUCAGGACAUGUGAGCUGGUCCUUGUUCAGCUUGGAGCGCAACAGCUGUGUUCACUUCAUCUUGUACUGAGAACACCACAACAAAGUGUUUGCUGCAUCACUGUGCAUUGUGAAGAUAAAGUCUCCACCAUAAAUGGUCAAAGAAUUAGAUUUUCGGUGGGGGCAUGUGUGAAUUGAAGGCUUUGAAUCACUCAUAGUGUCAUAACAGGACAAUUGUUAUGGUUAAAUUAUGCAUUAUGCAUCCAGGUACCAUUUAAGCAUCUAUUGCAAUGCAUUUCCACUCAGACACAACAAAAAUGCGCUAAAAUGAAGAAACCUGUGAAGUUGUUUAAAUAUUAUUUGAGCAUUUUUUUGUUUAAAAAAAGAUGACAAAACCUUGAACUGAUUUGCUGAGACUCCUUAAAUGCUUGUGUGUUCUCAGGAGCCAAACAAAGACUUUGGAAUAUCUACAGUAUGGCACACAAAUAACCCCUUGUCUUAUAAAUCUACAAAAUGAAAUGGAAAAAAUGUUUUAACCAAUUGAAUACACAGUAAAUGUUAUAUUGCUUAUCCCACUGGGCCUUAUGCCAAAACGCAUUUCAGCCUCAGGCACUGAUGUCAUUUCAGUCGGUCCAUCACGCAAAGUAUCUGAGCGGGAAACGCUGGAGGUGUCCAUUUCAUUCCUCCAGAUUUACACGAAAACUCCUCAAGGGACAAGUGGUUAUUUGAAGAUCAUACUGUGAGUUGUAAAGGCAGCUUCGGGGCUCUCCCUGGUUCCUUGUUGCUUCAAGUUGUAAAGGCAGCUCUCCCUGGUCCCUUGUUGCUUCCUGUCUUUGUAACUCGGUAGAUCGAGAUUAAAAUGGAAUCUACUCAGACUGAUCCUGUGAGGUUUUGGUCCAUUAGAUGCUGUGUUGCUCGCAGGUCAGUCGGGGAUGGGACUCCGAGGCCGAGCACGGCGGAGGGGGUUAAGUGAGAAGCUGCCUGAUCUCUCGGUGAACGUAGCAAAGAAAGUCCAUGUAGGAAGCGCCGCCAUGCAAACCUUUAUCCUCCACCAGGAACUGACGGAACAACAUCUCUGGUUUGUCUCUCUGCCUCACGAUUUGGAGCUGAGCGGGGCAGAAAAAGUAAGCAAAGUGUGAUCAGUUUCCUCUAUCCUGCCCUUCAGACUUAGACAUAAACUCAACUUGUGCUAUUGGCUGCCUUAAAAUCCUUGGUUUUUACAUUUUGUUGGUUAAAGGUUUGAGAUGAUAUUCUAUUUUGUAUAUAUUAACUGCUCAGUAACACUGGGCUUGCAGGGCAUGGAGUAAUUUAUACAGUAAUAUAUUUGCAUUUUCAAGUUGAUUUGAUUGUUUAUGUGGCAACAUGUCAACUCAAAACAUUAUUUCGUGGCAUGCAUUUGCUUCCUCGCUACACUAGAGGGAAGCAAAGAUCAUUAAAAGCUGCAUGGCAUUGUGCUCUAAUCUGCAUUCCUCAACCAGAAUGUUUUCUCUAUUAUUUGUCUUCUCAGUUAAAAAAAAAAAAGAGAAAAAAACAGAAAUGAUUGUGGUUAAAUAGGGCUUUUUUGGGAGUAUGUUGCUGCUCUAGAUAACUCACCUUCAUGGAGCUCGGCCUCUUUUCAAGAACGCCACUAAUGAUGGCUCUGACCUUACUUGACAACGGGUUGUCCAGCUCUGGCAGCGCACACUGAAAAACAGUACAGUUAAAGUUGAAAAUAAGGGUUGCUUAGAGUGGUUCAUUUAUGUAUUUUACUGUAAAAGAACACUGAUAUGUCAUAAGACACUGAUUCGAGGAUGGAAAGCAAAUUAUUGCCUUGAUUUAUGAAGCCAGGACCAGCUUAAAAACAAGAUAAGUUGUCCUGAAAGGCUGAUACUGAAUCCAGUCUGCCUCUUUCUCCAGUGUAACACAUGUUGAAAUGUUUAAAUUCUGCCUUGAAAAUAAAUGUCCAUCUUUGAA